AUGUGCGUCUUCCUCGCCAUCCAGCUGCUCUGCCUCCACCGCUCCGCACUGCAUGAUAUCAACUUCCAUGUUGUGCUUCUGGUCUGUCUGCUGCUCCUGCGCCGCAUAGUCGCCUGCUUCAUCGACUUCCACCCACCUGCCGCCAAUAAAGCCUCCGCACCUGCAGCCUCUCGGUCCGGCACUGGUAGAAGUGCUAGCAGCAGCUUCCUCAGUCGACUCUUCCUCCUGAGUAGCAGGAGGAACGGAAGCGCCAUUCCACCUCCUGCCUCUCUCAGUGGUGCUGGCAACGCCACGUCUUCCGCAACGGACAGAGUAGGUGACAGUGUAGCUUCUAGUGCGGUUAGGAGUGCAAAGGAAACAGUCACCAGUGGUACAAAGGCGUGGAGGGUGCAGGGGAAGGCUGGGCGGGGAGGGGAUGAAGAAACGGCUGGUGCUGAUGGCUCUGCUGCCAGGGAGCCGUUUCUUACGACUGGUAGCGGCAUGGCGGCGGGGGAUGGAGUAAUCAAGUCAGGCAAUCACCACGACCACACGAAUAGUUUCGGUGAAAUCGGGGGAAGCAUCAUCGGCGCAGGAGGGGCAGGUGGUGCGGCGGAUUGCGCUGGUUCAGGCAAUGAGCUGUUGCUGGGAGACGAUUCGACAGUGAAGGGGAGCUCUCUGCUUAAUCCAGGGCUUGCUGAACCAGGGAGAGCCUUGGGGCACGGGCAGUGGGAGCAGCAUGUCUUUCCGCCCCUGGGCCUCGUCACUGGCACCUGCAGCUCCCUGCUUCUGGUGGGGCUGUAUGUGGCGGCCGUGGCUCUGCUCGCGCUUAAGCUCUCCCUCACCCUCCCCUGGCAGUCACAGCUGCUCCUCUUCGUCCCAUGCACGAGCCGGCUGUCGUGCUGCCUGCUGCUGGGGUACGUAUUUGUGGGAGCCGCCAUGCUGCUGCUCAUGAAGGAGGCGGUGCUGCCCUGCUCAUCUCAAACCCCUGAUGCCCCCCCUCCCCUUCUUGACUUCCAGAUGCACGAGGACAUCCUAGUGAGCCGCCUGACGUGCUGCUUGCUGCUGGAGUACGCGUUUGUGGGAGCCACCAUGCUGCCGCUGAUGAAGGAGGCUAUGCACGAGGACAUUCUAGUGAGCCGCCUCUCCUGUUGUCUGCUUCUGGGAUACGCGUUUGUGGGCGCGGCCAUGUUGCUGCUUAUGAAGGAGGCGGUGCUGCGCAGGGAGCAGGUGGAGUAUGUGGCGGCGCACCUGGGGUGCUGGCACCGCGUUGACGUGCCCAACUUCACCAUCAGCAGGGACGUUGCUGAGUGGAAUCCCCACAGUGUGCCGUACAGUGAGGGAGCCAUCGUGCAGCGAGGGGGGCGUCUCUUUGUGGGCCUUGGCAGGUUCAACACCGCUCAGCCCGGCUCGCUCUCCGCCGCUCUCCUCUUUCUGCUGCACCACCAGCCGCUGGUCUUCUCCAACUGGGUAGUCGGCACACAGAUUUGCGUCUCGGUGAGCAGCCACGCUGAGUUGAUUCGCGCCAUCGUGGAGUACUUAGAGCGCAACAACCUCCACAAGGCCGCGGAGGCGCUGCGACUCGAAAUGUCGCAGAAGCAAUCGUCGCAGAAACAGGCGUCGCAGAAACGCCCUUCGCAAAAACUGCCGUCGCACAAGUUCCCGCAGUUCUCUCCUCCCGCCUCCUCCUCCUCCGCAGCCGCCGCUGCCGCCUCCUCCCGCCCUCCGCCCGAUCCGUCCGACAUGGACGUUAAUCUCUUCCUCUGGAUGAAGCAAGACCAGAUGUUUAAUCGCGGCUCCGGGUUUUCCGGUGCAGGAGGCGGCGCCAGCAGCAGCGGCGGGACCGGCGGGACCAGCGUUACUGGCGGCGGGUUCGCGGGAUUCGCGGGAUUCAAUGCGAUUGCGCGGAGCAACACGGCGCCGUCGCAGUUUCUAGAACAUGCCGGCCUGCCGUGGUCGCCCGCGCACUCUCCGCCCAUGGCGCAAUCCCCCUCCGCCACUCCCCCCAUGUCCCAAUCCCCUUCCGCCACUCCGCCGGGCCGCUCUCCUCGUCAGCCGCCGCACGCUCUCGCUGCGUCGGGAGCACCUCCUAAGAGCGAGCAUCCGUUUUCCGCGGCGUAUUUCCCAAAAUCCCCGUCCCUGCCGUCUCCCACGUCCCUGUCGUCCUCUCCGUCGCUGGACGUAGUUCCCGAGGAGGACGCGUCUCUGCACGCCGCUGCUCUUGUCGAACCAAAUAGCUCUGGUUCGGCAGCUUGCGCGGGAGCAGGCUCGGCGACAUUAGGUUCGGAAGCAUCAGGUUCGGCAGCAACAGGUUCGGCGUCAUUAGCGCCGUCAGGUCGGGAUCUCCCUGGUGCGACGGGAGGGCAGGAAGCAGACAGCCGCAAUCUCGUUCCUCUCGUCGUUGCAGACCCUAUUUUAGGCUUAACCGAAUCCCCUCAAAAAGCUGCUCCGGUAUUGGAUAUAGGACCUUCACCUGCUGACGCCGCCGCCCCAGUCGCGUCCGCGUUAGACAGCGGUUUUCCCCGUUUGAAGCCGAUUCGCCUCAGUGCAGAGAGCCGCGAGGGCGUGAACCUGGUCGCGUCGCUGGACUUCGGGAUUGGCUCGCUGCGGGAGAGCAGAGGGGGCGGAGAGAGGGACGGAGGGGGGAGUGACUGGGGCGCAGGAGGAAGCGCAAGGGGCAGCGGGGGAAGCGCAAAGGACAGGGGGGACAGUGCAAGAGGGAGCGCAGGAAACGAGUUGGAAGGUGUGGGGGGUUUGGAAGAGGUAGGAGUGGGUGCAGAGGUGCUUGAGUUUGCAGCGGUGCCUGGUGUGCGCGAGGUGGGGGAAGCGCACGGACUGGCGGAAGUUGAUGGGCGGAAAGACGUGGCAGCUCCCCCCCAGCAGGAAGGGGUGGGGCAGCAAGGGGUGGCGCAGCAGGGGGGCGCGCAUCACCAGCGGCAGGCAUCAGGGGAGCGCAGCCCCGUGGGGUCGUCCGCGCCGUCCUCGCCCCUCCCUACAAUCACAAUCGGCCCCGUCGUUGUUGGCUCAGAGGUGCUGUCAGAAGAAUUCGGUAUAAGGCGCCCGCGUGGUGAUGGGACGCUGGCAGGAGGGGGAGGGUCAGGGAAUGUGCUGAGAGGGUCAGAGAUGACUUCUUCUAGCUUUCCCCAUGAGCUGACCCGAAGCUCUCCUCUUGGGUCGUCUCGAAACUCGCCCAGGGGAGGGUUGGGAGGAAGCGGAGGGUCCGGGCCUGUGCUGUCUCGUUCAGGGACACAGGACGGGUCAGCGUCGAUGGUAACCAGGUCCACGUCAGCAGCUGCUGAGUCAGACGCGGGGGAGCGCGGGCAGGGGGUGGAUUAUAGCGAGAUGCUGCUGUUAGAGGGUAGUGGGUCUGACUCUGACGCGUAUGAAGAUGAGGAGGACGUGGGGUACAUUAGGAGAUUAGUAGAGGAUGAGGAGAGGUUUUUAUUGUAUGAGUUAGAUUCAGAGACUGAUGAAGACAAGGGGAGCAGCAGUAAGGUUUCGGUGGGUAAGGGUGAAGGGGCGGGUGCGUUGAAGGAUGAGCAGGGGGGCAGCAGCAGGAAAGGUUCGGAGGGUAAAAGCAUGGGAGAGGGGAAAGGGGUGGAAGAGGGGAGUGCUUUGGAUAAAGACCUGUCGGUUCGUGAGGCAGAGAAGGGGAGCAGCAGCGGCACAGCAGGGAAAGGGGUGGAGAUGAGAUCUGGAGCGGUGCAGAAGGGUAGUGGGGCAGGGGAGGGGGCGGAAUCAGGGAGCAGGGCAGCAGGAGCUGCAGCAGGGGAGGCAGGGGGUGUUGACGAGGGGGAGAAAGAGCGAGGGAGUGGGGGGGAGAGGUUGAACGGUGGGGCAGAGGCGGUGGAGGGAGGAAGCGCUGUGGAUCUGAUUGGGGAUUCGAUUGAUACGAGGACCAGCGAUGCUGGUGGACUACAUGGUGGUGGUGCCGCUAAGAGUGCUGAUAGGAAGGGUGGCAGGGGUGUGAUUUUACAGAAUGUGAUUGUAGGAGGUGGGGCAAGGGGCAGUGGGGGUGGGGCAGGGGGAGGGGCGGAGGAGGGGCGGAGAGAUGACGAGCAAGAUGGGGAGGGGGGAGGGGCUGGUUUUGGAGAGGGUUUUGGAGGCUUCGGGGGUGGUGGGGGGGACAGGGGAGGAGGGGACGGGGGAGGCGGGUUUGGGCACGAUGGGGAAGGGGGGGGCUUUUCGUUCCGCUCGCCCUCGAGUAACGAGGGGCUUUCGCGGGGUAACUCCGGGUGGUCGGGGCUGGGGGAGGGGUUAACCCCGCCGUCCCUGGGCAGCAGCGGAGCGGCAGGCAUGGGGGAACAGGAGCUAGAGCACGAGCUAGAGAGAAUGGGGAGCGUUGCUGAUAGCACUUUAGAGGUCUGGAAGAAACAGGCCAGUGGUACGUUUCCGAAGCUGGCCCAGACUGCUUCGGGGAACUGGGAUUUUGCGGACAAGGGGAGUGUGGGGGGCGGGGGAGGAGGGGAGGGGAGGAGUGGGGCGGGGAGUGAGGGGGGGAGUGGGAGGAGUAGUGUGGGUGGGGAUAGGCUGUCUAGGCUUUCGGUGGAAUCGGCUGAGGUUGGGGAGGUGGGGGAGGUGGGAGGGGUGGGAGGGGUGGGGGGAUUGGGGGAGGAAGAGGUGGGAACGGGAGAGGAAGAGAAGAAGCAGGAUGAAACGAGAGUGGGAGGAGAAGCAGGGAGAGGGAAGGCAGUGGGGAAGGAAGGAGGGGAUGCGGCAGGGGGUGUCGAGAAGAAGGCAAAGAGUGGGGAGCAGGCAGCAGUAGCGGUUAAAGAGGAGGGGAAGGAGGAGGGGAAGGGGAAGGAGGAGGGGAAAGCGAAAGAGGAGGAGUUUGAGACGUUCAAUCUGAGAGUCAUUCACAGAAAGAACAGAACGGGGUUUGAGGAGGACAAGGACUUUCCAGUCGUCCUCAACUCAGUGAUAGCAGGGCGAUACUACGUGACAGAGUACCUGGGGGCAGCGGCGUUCAGCAAGGCCAUUCAGGCGCACGACCUGCACACGGGCAUGGACGUGUGCAUGAAGAUCAUCAAGAACAACAAGGACUUCUUUGAUCAAAGUCUCGACGAGAUCAAGCUGCUCAAGUUCAUUAAUCAGCGUGAUCCCGCGGACGAGCACUGUCUGCUGCGGAUGUAUGACUACUUCUACCACCGGGAGCAUCUCUUCAUCAUAUGCGAGCUGCUUCGAGCCAACCUCUACGAGUUCCACAAGUACAACCGCGAGUCAGGAGGAGAGGUCUAUUUUACCAUGCCGCGCAUUCAGUCCAUCGCCAAGCAGAUACUGAAAGCCCUCUCCUUCAUGCACUCUCUGGGGCUCAUUCACUGCGACCUCAAGCCCGAGAACAUCCUCAUUAAGAGCUACUCGCGCUGCCUCGUUAAGGUGAUCGACAUCGGCAGCAGCUGCUUCAUGUGGGAUGCGCUCUGCUCGUACGUGCAGUCGCGCUCGUACCGGGCGCCUGAAGUCAUCCUGGGGCUGCCAUACGGGCCCAAGAUCGAUGUGUGGUCGCUGGGAUGCAUUCUCGCUGAGCUCUGCUCGGGACAGGUGCUGUUUCAGAAUGACUCGCUGGCAACGCUGCUGGCGCGCAUGGUGGGCAUCAUAGGCCCCAUCGACCCCACUCUGCUGCGCAGAGCCAAGGACGCGCACAAGUACUUCACACGGCACAGAGUGCUGUAUGAGCGGAACCUGGAGACGGAUGCAUUGGAGUAUUUGAUUCCUAAGAGGACGUCUCUCAAGCACCGGCUGCCCAUGGGAGAUGAGGGCUUCCUGGAGUUUGUGGCGUUCCUGCUACAGGUGGACCCUGAUAAAAGACCAACAGCUGAUGAAGCUCUUCUACACCCAUGGAUGUCGCAUGAAUACGAUCCUAUCACAUGA